AUGAAUCCCAAGCAUGUUACAUAUCCAAUGAGGUUCAGCUCGGACGACAAGCACCUGAAGCCAAUCUUCGGCGAGGAAGGGUUGUCCAUACUCCGAGACGACAUGCAUAUGGAGUGCUCCCCUUACUGGUACCGUUUCUUCGCCAAGAAAUUUCCAUCACAUCCUUGGCCUCUCACAAUCAACGGGCGUCCUUUUACAAUAGCAUCCGAUGCUAGAGAAGACCUGCCCCUCACGCCUAUCGAGGCCAAGUGUCACGAAAGGACCCGGGGAAGGACCUCUCUCUUCCAACAUAUCGAGCCUCAAGGACCAAACAAAGAAAUCUUUGUUGGAAACCAGAACUUCGAUAUUUGCGUAAACAUCGAUGCACGCCAAGAUCCUUUCCCGGAGACCUCGCUGCGAGCGGUGGUUCAAGAUAUCGUGAUUAUCUUGGCAAAGGAAAUCGAUUUGAGAUCGAAGGCGAGCCGACUUCCUGGCUACAUUGCUUGUUGUGAAGUUGUUUAUACCGGAGUGGACGAUACUAGUGACGAACCAUGGUCUCGUUGGGGCUCAAGACAGUUCACCGGAUAUCCGUGGCCUGGUCAGGCCAGCGAACUACCCCUAUACCCUGGAAUGAAGCUUUGUGGCUCCAAAGGCCCUGAGAGAGGCAAAAGGGAAGGGAAUAUACCACGCGUUGCAGCAACUGUAUCGAGUGGCGUGCUCCUCAAGAACCAAAUAGGCCAGCAUUUGAUGACCACGGCAGCGCGUAUUGUUCGCCCAGGGGAUGAGGUACGGAUAAGAGAAUUCUUCUUAGAAAACAUAAUUGGAAAGGCUGCAGAUGUGAUCCCUGGUACAGAUGUCGCUCUGGUAGAGCUGGACGACGAUAUCAGUUUCAAGAACCAGCAUGGGACUAUGCCAUUUACACGGCUAUUGGGCGAGGACCUAAAUGAUGCGCUUCCCUGGAACUCCCUUGUCAGUCCCGCUACCUGCUGGCCUCCUUUUACAGAAGGUAUAAUCGUCGCAAAGUCCGUCAGAGUCGUGCGUAAUCCUACCACCACUCACUAUCGGGUCUAUCAUUGGGCUUGGACUGGGCAACUGGAGGAUGAAGAACGCCCGAACCCUGCGCUGGCAGACAAGAUGACUGGAGCUGCUGCAGUGAGCGAGACUGGCGUUGUGACAGGGUUCCUUCAUUCCAAAAAAACGUGGUCUGUGGGCAGGCUAUUCAGUCGUCUUGAGUGCAAAUGA